AAUUCUACUUCUCUCUGUGGAAUGUACGACCUCAUAUGAUCCUUUGCGCUAAAAACAAUACUGUUGAAGAUUGUUUUGAUGUGACGUCAUAGUGAACUAGCGCAACUUAAUAUUAAAUGCGUUCUAGCUAGGCACGCUUCGUGUCCUUUGAAUGUAAGCUGUUUAAAAUAGGUAAAUACCCCCUAGGCUUCCAUUCAUGGCUUCAUCAAUCGAACAUUGAAUUUAUUAUUCUUUCCGAGAAUACGAAGAUUAAUAUUCCUUCUGAGAAUCGGCUAGCCGUUGAAUAUCAUGAAAAGAGCAAAGAACUGACAGGCGUCAACACGGAAGUUAAAUGAAAAUCCAAUAUAUUAAAUGUUUUCCCCUCAGUUUUACAAUUCGCAACUCGAUUGAGUAUUGAAAUUACUAAUUUUCCUCUGGAUAGCACUGGAGGUUUUCGUAAGAAGCUUGAAAAUUCUUGCAAAAACUUUCCGCUUCGCUGUUCGUUUCUAUCGUUAAAACCUAGGGUCGCGUGAUGCCAAUCAAAGAACCGUUCAAAGGUUACCAAAGCUUCGAUCAGAAAGCCACUCAACGUUUCUUUCUCAAAGCGUCUUUAGGUAAGAUUGAGAAUGGAAAAAGCAAAGCCUAAUCUUUGUAGAAUUUUCCAUCGUCAAACUGAUGACGAGGGGGAAACGAUUUUUGGUUGUGGUUGUGUAGUAAGAUGUAGCAAUCAGUCUUUGAAAAUUGCUACCUCCAAAAAAAUACGAAAGUUGAAAGGUGGCGAAUUCUUCGCUACUUUUGAGGCUAUCCAAGAUAGAGAAAUCAAACUGCAAGUUGAUAUGGAAGAAGACGAACAAGAGAGUGGGAUCGCUUAUCUUUCAUUUGACGAAAACGUAUUUGAACACCUUCCAGAAGGCAUACCAAUGGGAGAUCUUGGUAGGAUUGAUAUAAUUACUUAUCGUGUUCCGGUGUUCGACAAAUUAGAGCAGCUGCAUGUAUCUACAAGUGAGAUCAAGCUCUACAAUGUUGUAGAAGAUCCGACCAGGUGCACUUUACAGAUCCAAACUGGAAAUAACAACAGGGUUAUAAGCAACUUACGCGAAAGUGACMAGUUUCAUUUGGUUGUUCGUGGUGCUCCGAUACUUGAUGAUAGGUUCGAGUUCUUUGGAAUUGUGGAUUUCUUGGAAGUCGACAAGGAGUCCUUGUUGGAACUUGUAAAGAGGACCCCAACAGAAGUCAUCCGCAGUCAGCCAACAGGGUAUGUGAACGCAGCACCACGAGUACCAGGCCCAGGAUCGCAAGUAGAAGCAGUUGAUACAGAGGUCAAUAUCAAGUGUAGCUGUGGAACGUUUGACUUUCGACGAUCUUGGCUGAGUAGUAAUCGGCAUUUUGAAUCCGAAAAUGCGCAUACAGGUUCAAAACUCAAAGCAUUGAAAGAUAUUGUCCAAAAUGUGGUGCUUCCUGUUGGUGCUUAUUUACUUAACAUUAUAUUUGGCUCGGUUACCUUUGUUGUAAGAGUUACGAACUUGACGGCCCUGGACGAGUUAUGGAAAAGGUACAAAGAAGGUAAAAUGAAACAAGAUUUUGCCGAGAUAUUCUUCAACAUCAGUGAGAUGAAAGAUCAAGCAAACGAUCAAUCUGCAGAAUUGAUCGUCGAAAUAAGUGAGAAUGAAUACAGGAAAGCUAAAGAUCAACUCACUAUUUCCCAAACGACAGUUGACACUGAAGGGACGGUACCAAUCCCAGCGUAUUUACUUCAAAACACAAUGGAUAGCACAAUCAUGAGUGACAUAAACUACAAAAUAUYAACUGAUGGAUUGCCAACUCCAGCAGCAGGCGGAUCUCAAGACAGCCAGCAAGAAACAACUGACGGUGGCCGAAACAWAUUUUCCAUAGAUGAUCAUCUACAACUUAUUUGGGACGACCUUGGUUUUCGUGAUCGAUUUUCCAGCGUGUUGGACGUUAAGUAUACACGUGUUAAAUAUUGGCCUCAUCUCGCUGAACAGUUUGACAUUAAGCGGGCUAUCUACGAUGCGUUUUCCACGUCAGACAUCAACAGCCCUACUGAGAGACUACUCGAGUAUUUGGAAUGCACUGAUCCAGAUUACACUGUACAAGAUUUCGUUCAAGAUUGCAAGACGGCAGACGCUUAUGAGGUUUCCCGCAUUGUGGAAGACAGUGUCAAAGCUGGUAUUCUGGAUAACGAAGACCUAGUAAGCGAGAUAUGUGAUAAAGCACCAAGGGUUCUGGAUGAGGUCGUGCUGAAGCUAGACCGCGAUAGUAGACUAUGGAAGAACCUGGCAACGGAAAAAAAAGUCCGUAAAAAGAAGUAUUUGACUUUCGAGAGUGACAGAACCACCAACCCAGCUCGUUCGUUCUUUGAUGUUUUACGAACGCAGGGACCUGAAAUAACAAUAGGAGAUUUCAAAGAAAAAUCGRAAAAAACGGAAAAAAUCUCGAGCAUCUUGAAAAAAUCUGGUAUCGAAGAUAAACUGCUUCUCAAGGAUCUCUCAAAAGAAAGCCCAGGUGCUAAAAGUGAGAUAGAAUCCUUUCUCAACAACCUGAAAACAGAAGUACUAUGGAACCUGGCAACCCAAUAUCAAAAGGAAGGACUGAUGGAAGAUAUUGACGUUGAAACUGCAUUCAGACAAGAAGAAGACUGCCACAGCCCAACUAAAAAAGUGAUGGAUUACGUCCUCGCUAGUUCACCUAAGAAAUACACUAUCAAGGAUCUGAUAGUCAAACUGUGGAACAUAAAUCGCAAAGACUGUUUUGACGUUCUACAACCAUACCUAAAGGGAGGCAAGAACGACAUCGAUAAAAUAACGAAAGGACUCAAGAGGCUUCAGCCUGAAGAACGACUGAAGAAGCAGCCGUGUACUGGUGACGAAARCGUAUCCAGCACACCAGUCUCAGACAAGUCAGAAGAAUCACAAAACCAAUACGUCAUGGCUAUCAGCGCUAAAAAAUAAAUUCCGUUUCUGCGUGUCAUCCUUAUAUAGGGUUUAUAGGCCAUUUUUUAUUUCUUUUAUAUCUUCUUAAUUCAUGUUUAUUGCUUGUCCAUACAAUAGCACUAAUAGAUUUUAUGAAAGCAUUCUGAAAUAUGAUGUGCCUUCAAAUUUGAAUAUAAAUCGCCUCCGAUUAUACACACACAGGACGCCAUAGAAACCACACUGACUCUUUUUUUCUUAUUAUUAGAUAAGCUAUGAGAGACUGAUACCAUUGCUAAUAGAUAAGAUAAGCCUUCAUUUAAUGUUGAAUUKAUUAGUUGCCGGAUAAUUUGACUUUUUAUCAAARCGUAUCUUAUUGUAGUAUAUUUGCUAUAAAGGUCUUACGCACAGUAACUGCACCAAGCAUUUACGUCAUGUUUUCUUAAGUACAAUGCAUCACUGGAUGCCCGUGGUUAAAAAAAUGGCGCCUUUCGUGUAGAUAAUAAACGGGUAUCAGCGAAGGAUCCAGGAUUUUCACAAAAGGGUAUUCCAAUUUCAUUAUAAUGGGCUGGCGUAAAUAGCAUCUUUGGCAUUGACGAGAUCUCACAAAAGGGGUUCCAUGGAACCCACAGAACCAUCCCUGGAUCCGCUGCUGCGCAGAACGGAAUGGCGUAAAAACUUUAGGGCGAUAAUAUUAAUCAGYAUUUGCAAGUUAUAAUUUUAAUAUUUCUGCUGAAUUGUAGCUAAUUAAACUGUGCAAUCCACAAAAUCAAAUCAUCAAUCGUGGGUAAAGAACAAGCUCACGCGUUGACCCCUAGAGUCGAUUAAUGAUUUGAAUUUUCGAAUUUUGAUUUCAUUAUUCAGUUGAAAUUUACAACGUCGAAAACGAAGAUAUGAAAAUUCCAAUCAACUUUAAAUUCAACAUACGACACUUGCCACAAAUACUCGAGCAACCAAUUCUUGUUUUUUACCUGUCACCUUGAGGUUUCUCUUCCUGAGGAAUUCUUUCAAGGCUUCGACUCUCCCCAUAGCAACUUCAUCAAAAGAUGGAUGAUCAUUCUCGAUGUUUUUGUCAUUUUCAUCCAUUAUCAGUAAAAAAAAACAAAAAAGAAAACUAAAGCACGAGCUUAAAAGGCGUAAAGCAAUUCUCCGGGCAAGAUUUAUAUGUUAACCUGUUGCAAUUAGAAUAAAUUCAUGCCCGAUUGGACUUUGAA